UGUGAUUGGGCCUCGAGCCUCAGCGUGCGUGCGCCCUAGCCAGUCGAUCUCCCCGUCCCCACGGCCUUCCCGUCUCCACCGCCUCCAUCCAGCGAAGGGAGCAGCGCCACCGCCGCCGCCGCCGCCGCCGCCACCGAUGGCUAGGUGGGAUGAAAUUUUGACUCUUCCAGUUCAGAAUCCACCCACGCCAGAGUUUUCGGCAUCAGAUAUCAUGUGGUCCAGGGUGGAGGGAUGGAAGGACUCAAUGGACAGGCUUGCGCUUAUUCCAUUUUCAAGGGUGAAUGAUUUUGUUAGAGGAGAAUCAAACAACAAAGAGUGCCCAACAAGAUUUCAUGUAGAAGCACGGCGAAGGCGUCCACCAACAAUGAACUGCAAACCAAAAGUUGAUGGGAUACUCGAGUAUAUUCUGUAUUGGUGUUCUUUUGGUCCAGAUGAUUAUAGAAAGGGUGGCUCUGUCCGCCCUAGCAGGAACUCUUCAACAAAGAGGAAAACACCUGCUGGUCGUCCUCAUACAAAGAGGGGCUGUAUUUGCCAUUUUAUUGUGAAGCGUUUGAUUGCUGAACCAUCUGUCGCUCUUGUGAUAUAUAACCAUGAUAAGCAUGUAGAUAAGAUAGGGAAGCCCUGCCAUGGUCCCAUGGACAAUAUGGCUAUUGGGACGAAGGCCAUGUUUGCGCCUUACAUAUCAGAUGAACUUCGUCUUCAGAUUAUGUCUUUGCUCUGUGUUGGUAUUCCAGUGGAGACCAUAAUGCAGAGACAUACAGAAAUGAUCGAAAAGCAAGGAGGACCAUCAAACCGAGAUGGUCUUCUUACUCACAGAUAUGUUAGGAGGUUGGAAAGGAAAAUUCGUCGUUCUGUUUACGAACUUGAUGACGAUGAUGCUAUAAGCAUUAACAUAUGGGUUGAAAAUCACCAAAACCAUAUAUUUUUGUAUGAGGACUUUUCAGAUAAGGACACCUUUAUCGUGGGCAUCCAGACAGAUUGGCAGCUCCAGCAGAUGAUUCAGUAUGGCAACCGUAGUUUAUUGGCUUCUGAUUCAAAGUUUGGAACAAACAAAUUAAAGUAUCCUGUACAUAGCCUCCUUGUUUUCGACAAGCAGAAAAAUGCAAUUCCUGUUGCUUGGAUCAUAACUCCGAAUUUUUCACAUGGUGAAGCAUAUAGAUGGAUGGGUGCCCUUUAUGAUCGAGUUCGUACAAAAGAUCCAACAUGGCAGUUGGGUGGCUUUAUUAUUGAUGAUCCCUUUGCAGAUGUGCGCACGAUAAGGGAAGUAUUCCAGUGCCCUGUGCUGAUUAGCCCAUGGCGCAUAAGGCAUGCUUGGCAUAAAAAUUUAAUGAAGAAGUGCCCAGAUAUUGAGAAGCGUCCGAUGAUGGCUAAACGACUUGGGGAGUUAAUCUGCAAUAUCUGCAGAGGAAAUGGUGGCAUGGAAUUAUUUGAAGCCUUUCUGGAAGAUUUUGUUGAUUGUGCUGGUUUUCUAGACUACUUCAGAGCUCUAUGGUUUCCAAGACUUGGGUCAUGGAUAACUAUGUUAAGAACCACCCCGUUGGCUACUACUGAGGUUGCUUCAGCAAUCGAGAGCUACCAUCACCUGCUAAAACUCAGGCUAUUGAAUGAGGCAAAUGAAAGAGUAUACCAGCGUGCAGAUUGGUUGGUUCAUAAGCUGGGUACGAAGGUUCAUUCCUACUACUGGUUGGAUGAAUAUUCUGGUAAGGACAACUUUUCUCGUUACUGGAGGAGUGAGUGGAAAAGUGGCCCAAAUCCAUGGCAGCAGGGAUUGCAAAUCCCAGAUUCUGAUGUUGUUGUCGAAGGCAAUUGCGCCAGAGUGGUUUGCCAGAAAAACAAGGAGAGGUCCCAUGUCAUAGUGAAUCCAGGUUCUGAUCUUGCAUUGUGUGAUUGUAGCUGGUCCAGGAAGGGAAACAUUUGCAAACAUGCCAUUAAGUCAACUAAAGUCUUCCGCCAAAGGGGGCUGGCACCACCAUCCUUGGCACUGUUUCGCUAUUACCAGGCACUGGCUAAUGUUGUUCAUUGCCCACCCAGUGACACUUUGAUUAGUGACCAUGCAGUUGCCGUAGCAAUUUUUGUUAGAACACAGUUAGAUUCUCUGUUGGAUGCAACCAAUGGUAAUUCUUCAAACAGGUCAACUUCCAAGGAUCCGCAAUCAGUCAUUGAGCCAAGAGAAUCUGAUGUUCGGGAGGGCAGCAUUGAGAAUGAUGUAUGUGCAAGUCAGUCUCAGGCUGAGUGUGGUGAUGAAGUUUCUGAUGAGCAGAAUGAUGAUUUAGACCGUUUUGUUUUCAAGAAAAGAAAGUCCAGGGAAGCAUCUGAUGAAGAAGGUAGCCCUACGGCGACGCAAAUCACACAACCUUCUGAAACCGAAAGCAGUCAAGCAACUGAUCUGCAGGAACCUCUUGAUCGUCGGGAAAAUCGUGCUCCCAAGAAAUCGAAGUCAAAAGAAGCUUCUGAUGGGGGAAAGGCUAAUGCAAGGCAAGCGAAGCAACCUUCUGAAACUGAGAGUAGGCCAGCAAUUGAUCAGCAGGAACCUCUUCAUCAUCGUCAAGAAAACCCUGCUCACAAGAAAACGAAGUCAGGAGAAGCUUCUGAUGGCGAAGAAACUAUGGCAAUGCAAGUCAUGGAACCUUCUGAAACUGAAUGAACCGAAUGAUUCUUCUGCUUAGGUUAUAUGAGAUGUUGUAGGAAUGUAGGUGGUACCUGACUCCUUUAUGAGCUUAGGCUAUUGUUUUGUUUGAAUAUUAGGAGGUCUGUACAUACUGUGUUACCGAACAUUUAUCAGAAUUAGGGUGGUCCAAUUGUUUAAUUAGAGCUGAUGAUGCAUCUGUGUUAGGCAGGCAGGGAAGAUAAUCAUGCAAUUUCUGCAUAAAACAUAUGGGAUUGGGGUCAGCAAUUAUUAUUAUCAUUAUUUGAAAAAGGUUAGGCCCCCAUCUGUUGGGCAUAUGAGGAUAAUACGCCGUAUGGCGCACUAGUAGCAAAAUAAUAAUAAUACGUGAGUUAAA